UAUGGCUACCGUGGGUGCUAAGACUUUCAAACAUUUUAAUUUCUUGCGUUUCAAUUCGGUCCUAUUAUCAACCUCACUGUAUAGAAAUACAAACAAGAAUGCAACUAUAUUCUUUUCGACGCAUUCUGAUCCAUUUGGCCUGGACAGUGAAGGUAAGAUGCCACCACAGAUAUCAGUCAGCCAAAACAAAAUGCUGAGAGGUUUACCUAAGAGGAAACCCAUUGAAGGAGUGAAAGAAAUUGUUGUGAUUGCUUCUGGCAAGGGUGGUGUUGGCAAGUCUACAUGUGCUGUUAAUUUGGCUUUAGGUUUAGCAGCUAUAAAUAAGAGUAAAAGUGUUGGUCUGCUUGAUGCUGAUAUUUAUGGGCCCUCACUUCCGAAAAUGAUGAACCUUCAUGGAAAUCCAGAAAUUACUAAAGAUAACAAGAUGGAACCUCUUAGAAACUAUGGGAUAUCAUGCAUGUCAAUGGGAUUUCUUGUUGAUGAAAGGUCACCGAUUGUGUGGCGGGGAUUAAUGGUAAUGUCUGCACUGGAGAAAUUACUAAGACAAGUAAACUGGGGAAAACUAGAUGUUCUUAUUGUGGAUAUGCCUCCUGGAACAGGGGAUACACAGCUCUCUAUAUCCCAAACAGUCCCUCUAUCAGGUGCUGUUAUUGUGACUACACCUCAAGACAUUGCACUUCUGGAUGCUCGUAAAGGUGCUGAGAUGUUCAGAAAAGUUCACGUCCCUGUGAUUGGUGUGAUUGAAAACAUGAGUCACUAUGUCUGUCCUAAUUGUAGCCAUAAAGAAUUUAUAUUUGGUGAAAACGGAGCACAGACCAUAGCGGAAGAUUUGAACUUGGAAAUAUUAGGAAAUAUUCCUCUUCAUAUAAAUAUUCGUGAAACAUCAGAUGCCGGUACUCCUGUCAUCGUCUUAAGUCCAAACAGUUCCGAGGCGAUGUUGUACAAAGACAUUGCAAGAAAAAUUGCUGGCAAAUUACAAUGGUAAAACUAAAGUUUAAAAAGACAAUAGUUGAAAUGGUUUUUGGAGGAAUUUCCUGAGUUGUUAAAUCAAGUAAAUCCUUUUCGUGAAAUUCAGGAUUUUAUAUGAACUAGUUGAGCUUUAUUCCUUCAAACCACACGUAGCUAAUUGGGAUGUUCAUAAAGUCAGUGAAUGAUCUAUGUUGGAGCUCUUCAAAAAAUGCCGAAGAAAUAGUGUCAUAUACGACAGACUUUUGUGAAAUUGUGCUCCAUGCAUUAUGAUGCACGGCUGUAGGAAAUGUAUUAUAUUAUUAUUGACUGAUUAUUUAAAAUUUCCAACGACAUGCAAGUAUUUCCCACUAAUGCUGUAUGAUUUUACAAAUUAAAUUAUUCAGCAUUGUAGAGCUGAUAUUAUAACGAAAAUAAUUAAAAUUUAUGAAGGUUUUAGAUCAAAUAUAACUAUAAUCCACUUACAUAUAGAUUAAAGUUAUCUAUCUUUUACAUAGAAUAUUCCAUCAAAAUAAAGUAGUGUUUGUUACUUGCAAAAUUGUUGAAAUGUGAAAUCGUUUUUCAGUUAGUCGCUUUCUAUGCUACUGUUACUCGAAGAUGAAA